CAGAGACGAUGCUGGAAUCCAAGGCCUAAUGCGCGAUUAGUACGUAUUGCUGUGUAUGUAAGUACAAGUGUCCAUCCCAGAUCCCUCCACUUCCUAUUUCCCUUUGUGCUCGAUAUAAUAUCUGCUUUAUGUCCAACGACGCAUCAGAUAGCUGUCUGGCUGUGAUAUGCGCCUCCUGUUGCGCAAUUAUCACAACUUCACUCCAGCAAUGGUGUGAUACCCAUGCAUUGGGCGCUAAUUGCAAAUGUUGUGAUGGCCCGCGCGGGUGCUGUAAUAGUUGUUUCGAGUCGUCCUUGAACGAGGACAAUUUUGAGAGACAACUCAGAGAAGACACGGAACGCAGAGAAGACACGGAACGCAGAGAGGCUGCUGCUCGACGACUUGUUGAUGCUCAACCUGCGCCCACUAAAGGCAUGAACUCGGAAGGCUCCACAGACAAGCCGGUCCCGUUGAAAUGAGUCCUAUGACAUCAUCGUACCGCAUGAGAACUCAUAGCAUUGAAAGUUGCGUACGUUCAAUAGGAUGCAUGGCCUUGGGGAGAUAAGCAUGAACUUGCGGGCUAGACUUGGGAACAUCCCCUCUCCUUCAAUAUGAUAACGAAUUGUGUU